GUUUCGCUCGGCUCCCGUCCGUUCUGCCGAUGGCAAUGGCUGUGGCCGUGGCUGGGAUUCUGCGAGGCGGUAUCCUGCCCCGGGAGGGGCGUCUACCCACCCUCCAGAUUGUUCGCUGUGGCUCCAAGGCUGUUACCCGCCAUCGUCGUGUGAUGCACUUUGAGCGGCAGAAACUGAUGGCUGUGACUGAAUAUAUCCCCCCAAAACCUGCUGUCAAUCCUAGAUGCCUGGCACCUCCUCCCAGGCCUUUGCAAGAGGAGACAGGCCUCAUCCGGCUCCUCCGUCAGGAGGUAGCAGCAGUUUUCCGAGACAACCGAAUGAUAGCUGUCUGCCAGAACGUGGCUCUGAGUGCGGAGGACAAGCUUCUUAUGCGCCACCGGCUGCGGAAACACAAUAUUUUGAUGAAGGUCUUCCCUAACCAGGUCCUGAAACCCUUCCUGGAGGAUUCCAAGUAUCAAAACCUGCUGCCCCUUUUUGUGGGGCACAACAUGCUGCUGGUCAGCGAAGAGCCCAAAGUCAAGGAGAUGGUGCGAAUCUUGAAGGGCGUGCCUUUCCUGCCGCUGUUAGGUGGCUGCAUUGAUGACAUCAUCCUCAGCAGGCAGGGCUUCAUCAACUACUCCAAGCUCCCCAGCCUGGCCCUGGUGCAGGGGGAGCUGGUAGGAGGGCUCACCCUCCUCACGGCUCAGACCCACUCCUUGCUUCAGCACCAGCCCCUCCAGCUGACUGCCCUGCUGGAUCAGCACGUCAGACAACAACAUGCGGGCGACUCAGUCAUGCCGGCCAGCGGGCAGCCUCACCCUGCCAGCCCUGUCCUGGACUCGUAGCCGGCCUGCUGCGCCCAGCUUGCCCAUGAACACACAGCCCCGUGGGCUGUGCUGCCCUUCCGGAAAUGUGGAAGAACUUGGGGUGGGCACUGGCACGUAUUCCCCAACUUCUGCUGACAGCGACCUCCUCAGAUGAAGAAAGAUUCCAUUUCAGAAUGGAGACUUAGCCCUGGCUGGUGCGGCUCAGCGGAUUGAGUGCUGGCCUGUGAACCAAGAGGUUACCAGUUUGAUUCCAAGCUGGGGCACAUACCUGGGUUGCAGGCCAGGUCCCCCGUUGGGGGCCUGUGAGAGGCAACCACACACUGAUGUUUCUCUCCCUCUCUUUCUCCCUCCCUUCCCUUCUCUCUAAAAAUAAAUAAAUAAUCUUUAAAAAAAAAAAAAAGAAGAAGAAGACUUAAUCACAGAAUUUGUUCUUGUCCAACUUGACAAGAGCAAAGCCUUAGUUCUCCAGCCUGUCCUGAACAGACGAGGACAGUGCCCUCCGCCUCAUGUUCCCCGUCUUGCAGUCUCCCCAGUCUGUCCCCUCACUGUCAGCAAAGCUCAGCUGAGUCACUGCGCUACGAAUGGCUUCUGUUGCGAGCCUGCCCUGUCCUACUGCCUGCCAACCACUGCCUGA